GAUGAUGUAUAAACAGAGUGUACAGUAAUCUAUUUUUAUGGGGUAUUGUUAUGUGUGUAUGUCGUGUCAAAGUAAAUAGUUUAGUUAUGGAAAGUGACGACGAAUCUAGCAUUUGGGAAUACUCAACAGCUAGUGUAUUUACUAAAACCGAUUGUAAAUCGCGGUUACUGCAUACAGAUGCACAACGCGCGUCGAAACACGGGCGCGAAAAAACAAGUAGGCCUAAAUUAAAAAAUGUGGUGGAACUUCAGAGACCACAGUCGUCGUCAGCUGUGAAAAAGGCCAGGCAUUCUGUAACAAGAACGCUCGAUGCAAACCUUGUGAAGGGGAGAGCAACUAAAACCACUGAUCUGCACUGCCCCCACUGUCAUUUGCCACAGAGUGCAUUGAUAGGGGAAUCCUUAGCCUUCCAUGCUAAUGCUUGCAUGGAAAAGGAAGUCAUUGCCACUGAAGAAUGUCCAGAUGGAAAGUACUGUAGCUCGACCAUACCAAGCCAUUUCAGACGUUUUCUUCACCAGGAGUUAGCCAACGAGAUUGCAAAUGCAUCAAAACAAGAAUGUUCAGUAAAUGCUGGGGAUCCAGAAUUGUUGAAUUGUUUAGCUAAUACCUCGCAGUGUGCAACCAAAGGAAAUGGUCUGCUACAAUCGAGCUCUACAGUACAGCGAAGGUCAAACCCAAAGAAUCGUGCAAACCUGACGACUCGAUUGCGACGUGAGCCACAGAUGCGGACUGUGGCGGCGGCGGCGGUGUCACCUUCCUCUACGUCCCGGAGUCGACAGGCCUCUGCCUCCUCCCUCAGGUGCCUUCCUGCAGGUGAUGCUGCUUCUUCAUCGCUGCAUUCGUGCUGCGUCUCCCCAGCAGACCUUGACAUGGCACCAGACGCGAGCGAAUACCUCCAACCAGCGGACAUGCGGCGCCUGUCGACUGAUUCGUCCAGCGACAGCGAGAGCCUACUGUCUUUGACGAAGCAGAGUUGCCAGACACCUGGUGCUAAUGAGAGUAAUCAUUGCGAGGUUUACUCUGAUGGAGGAGGGAGUCGGAAUCGGUACGACUGCUCGGAUGGUGAAGAUGUGGGUAGCAAUGCCACCCAGAACAGUAGUGAGACUGAUGAUGGUAUUUUUUGUGGGGAACUUACGCAGCAGGAGACAGCAGCACCAAUGGUGAAUCAGCUAUCUAGCCAGACAGCCAGCCAAGUGCCUUCCAGAACUACGCAGCGCUCCCUGACAGAUUACUUCCCUGUCUCCUAUUCUAAGAGUGGAAGAGGAGCAGUAAGCGUGGGCUCCAAUCGGAAGCCUUCUUCGCACGGCGGUCUCACUUCAUCACGCGGCAGGAUCCCCAAGACCCCAGACGGUGACAAGGAAGCUCUGAAACCUGUGCCGAGAAUUGGAGAGAGGCCUGUGACAUCCAUGGAAAGUGAGCAAACAAGGAAGUGUCCAUCGUACAAAAAAAUACCAGACACUGGAUUUGCUGUGGAUGCAUUUAAUUAUGGAGCCAUACCUGGAAUAAGAGCUUAUUUCUUGACACAUUUCCACUACGACCAUACAAUAGGUCUCAGCAAGCAUUUCACCCAUGGACCAAUCUACUGCAGUAAGGUAACUGCAAACAUGGUCAUGCUGCGGAUGCAACUGGAUAGCCGGUAUAUUCAUGUAUUGCCCGUGGAUGAAGAAUGUAUUGUAAUGGAUAUCUGUGUCACAUUAAUAGAUGCCAACCACUGCCCGGGAGCUGUGAUGAUAUUAUUUUCUCUGCCCACCGGAAAAACGAUUCUACACACGGGAGAUUUCCGAGCUAGUGCUGCGAUGGAGCUACAUCCAUGCUUUCGACAUGUUUGCAUUGACACCCUCUACUUGGACACAACCUACUGUAGUCAGGCCCAUGACUUCCCAGAUCAGCAGGAAGUGAUUAACCAUGCUGUUUCCCUGGCGACAAGUGCUGUUGCCAUGGACCCCCGUACCAUGAUUGUCUGUGGAACUUACCAGAUUGGAAAGGAGAAGGUUUUCGUAGCCAUAGCGGAUGCUCUGAACAGCAAGAUCAGCGUAGCCUGGUCUAAGCGAUCCAUACUGAAAUGCAUGGAGGAUCCAGAGCUGAUGAGCAAGCUCGCUUCUCCCAGGGAUGUGCCACGUGUCCAUGUAGUGCCCAUGGCCCAGGUCACAGCAACGGCUCUUGCUGCGAGACUGGACAGACACAGACUGAGGUCACACUUCAGCAGUGUGCUGGCAUUUAAGCCCACUGGCUGGACUCACCGAUCUGCUGGUAAUAAACGCAGCCUGGCCGGCAUUAAACCCGUGAAGACUGGCAAGGUUUCCAUUGUUGGUAUACCGUACAGCGAACAUAGCAGUUUCUCCGAACUGAGACGCUUUGUCCGGUUUGUUCAGCCACAGGCGAUCGUGACAACAGUAAACAAUGGCAGCAGUCAACAACGAGAUGAGAUGCAGGCCUUCUUUAAGCAGUGGCUGGCAGGGUGAAUGGCCUAUUCUAUGUAGAUAUUGGUGACCUGGAUGGAGUCAACCCAACUGUCAUCUUGUCUCUCCGUUUGUGGUCACUUCCAGCACUAGCAGUCACUAGCAGAUACUAAUAGAAUGAAGCUGCCAACUAUACCGACUAUGUGACUGCGGGUAUACGAAUGCAAAAACUUUGCCCUCCCCAGUUUAGUUGACCUUGCAGGUGUGGGCUUAGAGGUGCAAGUAUCUUAAAAGUGUGCUUGGUAAUUUGUUCCGAAAUUAGUCAUUAAUUUUUCUAGUCCAAUAUGUGAUUGUGUAAGAAUGUUUUUUCUUUUGCCUAGAAAUUAAUUUAUAUUUUAUAUACACGCAUAUAUAUAUAUAUAUAUAUAAUUGCAUAUCCUAGUAGAUAUCACUUGCGAAUUGUUAGAGGAUAUCAAAGAAAUUACUUAAAAAUAAUGGAUAGCUUAUUGAUUUUCUAUUCGUAUUUCAAACGGUUAAUAGUAUACGUGAGGAAAAUUGUCAUUAAAUAAUAUCUAACUGCUGAUUUUAGUGUUACAGUAAAAUGAUAUUGUUAAUUAUCAUCAAGUUUAGGAGAACUAAUGAGAGACAACGUUUUUAUUCUCCCAUAAUAUAAUGCAUAUAAUAAGCUUUUCUUAAUUGCCAUGAAUAUGUGAUAUACUUGUUAUAAUUAGUACUGAAUAUCCUAGAAAAUGUUACUGUAGAAUCUGUUAGAGACUGAUUAAUGUGUGAAUGUGUGUUCGUAGAGUUAAUUUGUAUUUGUGAACUAUAAGAGGUAAUUUUUAUAUCCAUAUAAUAUGAUAUUUUAUGCUGCUCAACAGUAUUAUGUCAAUUUUCUCAUUGACUGUGUCCAUUGAUAUAUAAUUCAUUUCUGAUUGGAGAGGCGGACAUAUACUAACUGACAGACAGAUACACAGGGUCGCCAUCUGACUGACAAACAGACAGAUAGGCAGAGCAAUCCAAAGAGAUCCAAUCUCAACCAAACAUUGCCCGGUCUAGCUGUCAGGUAACGUUGUUAUAUAUAAAGAGAGGUCUAUGUAAAGCAAUUGUUUAAAAGCAUCCUUCCCUGUGCGAAUCGUGCGUAAUUGUUUCUGCUAUUUGUCUUUCAGCUUUUGACCGUGAUAUCAACUUGCCGAGCGUUUAUUCGUUUCCAUCCCUAAAACCCUAAUAACAAAUCCUCUUUAACGAUUCCUCUUCAUACGGAGGCCAAGCGUUUCAGGGCUAGAUUGCUGGGUUGAUUGUAGUGUGGAUGAGUUUUAAUGGAGCUCUACUUGUCGUCUGCAAGCUACACAUUCUAAUUGGUCGCUAAUCAGAUAACAAGUGGCUAACAAGGGGCGGCCGUGCAUUUAGCCGACGCUUAACGUAGUUAUCAUGUUUAGCACCAGUCUGCUUCAUUUCGCAGCGUGGGGCUGCUUGGUAAUUUCCACCUGUCCUCUCUACACGGCUACCAGUCAUGGCUGGUCAGCGCGGUCCUACAUCACGCUGGUUAUUGUUUGCACGGUAGAAAUAGAUAGUAUAUGAUUCUAUUUAUGGUUUGCACCAUCUUCCAUCCAAGCGGUCUGUUCGCUGGAUUAGAGCCGUCAUUGUGAUCAGUGUGUAGGCCUCGUCUUCGCGUGCGUGCGUGUGUUUGUGUGCGUGCACGCGCGUGUGUAUGUACAUAUAUCAUGGCAUUGUGACCAAGCAGAUUUGCUGUUGAAACUGCCUCGGCAGUAUAUAUGCUUUGAAGUUAUUUCGAAAACGAACCAUUUUUACGUGAUAAAAUAAUGUUAUUCCAAUAAACAAGAACGGAUCAUAA